GCGUGGCGUCAAAGUAUAAUUGUGUUAUAAACAACUUAUCACCAUGCCUGAAGCGUCUGCUGCGAAGACCGCGCCUAAGAAGGGCUCCAAGAAAGCCGUGACCAAGGCGGUCAGCAAGACUGGCAAGAAGAAGAGAAAGACCAGGAAGGAGAGUUAUGCCAUCUACGUGUACAAGGUCCUGAAACAGGUCCACCCUGACACCGGUAUCUCCUCUAAGGCCAUGAGCAUCAUGAAUUCCUUCGUCAAUGACAUCUUUGAACGCAUCGCAUCUGAGGCUUCCCGCUUGGCUCACUAUAACAAGCGUUCUACCAUCACGUCACGGGAGAUCCAGACCGCUGUGCGUCUGCUUCUGCCGGGUGAGCUGGCCAAACACGCCGUGUCUGAGGGAACCAAGGCUGUCACCAAGUACACGAGCUCCAAGUAAACUGGUCUCCUGUCACCGUUACAACCAACGGCUCUUAUAAGAGCCACCACUUCUACCGUGAAAGACAAACUCCUGUACUGUUCAGCGGCUUGUAUGAAUCUUACAAUAAAUUCCCCUAACAAAA